UUCCCGGUGCGCGUGUGGGGCUCACACACACAGACACACACACACGCCGCCCGGCCCUCCCCCGCCGCUCGCCCAGCCCGGCCAGACAGGGACACGCUUCCCCAGCCCGCUGCCGCCGCCUGCCCCGGGACAAGCCAAAUGUCCUCGGCGCCCCUCCGCUCGCCCACCCUGCGGCCCCACAGGAUGAAGAAGGACGAGUCUUUCCUGGGCAAGCUCGGCGGGACCCUGGCGAGGAAGAAGAAAGCGAAGGAGGUGAGCGACCUGCAGGAAGAGGGCAAAAAUGCUAUCAACGCUCCAAUGUCUCCCACCACCAUUGAUAUCCACCCUGAAGAUACCCUAUUAGAGGAAAAUGAGGAACGUACCAUGAUUGAUCCCAACUCCAAAGAAGACUCCAAGUUCAAAGAACUGAUCAAGGUUCUAAUUGACUGGAUUAAUGAUGUCCUGGUGGAAGAGAGAAUCAUCGUUAAGCAGCUGGAAGAGGACCUUUAUGAUGGGCAAGUGCUGCAGAAGCUUUUGGAAAAGCUGGCUGACCGUAAAUUGAAUGUGGCAGAAGUGACACAGUCUGAAAUUGGUCAGAAGCAAAAGCUGCAGACAGUUCUGGAAGCUGUCCAUGAUUUACUCCGACCCCACGGCUGGACAAUCAAAUGGAAUGUCGACUCAAUCCAUGGCAAGAAUCUAAUUUCCAUUCUCCACCUUCUGGUAGCUUUGGCCAUGCAUUUCCGGGCUCCCAUCCGACUUCCUGAGCACGUUUCUGUGCAAGUGGUAGUUGUAAGGAAACGGGAAGGCCUUCUCCAGACGGCUCACAUUACAGAGGAACUCACAACCACAACAGAGAUGAUGAUGGGAAGAUUUGAACGAGAUGCCUUUGACACCCUCUUUGACCAUGCACCAGAUAAACUCAGCGUCGUGAAAAAGUCUCUGAUCACCUUUGUGAACAAACACCUAAAUAAGCUAAACUUGGAAGUGACAGAAUUAGAAACACAGUUUGCAGAUGGUGUCUAUUUGGUAUUGCUCAUGGGUCUGCUCGAAGACUAUUUUGUUCCACUCCACCAUUUUUAUUUAACACCUGAAAGUUUUGAUCAGAAGGUCCAUAAUGUUUCCUUCGCUUUUGAGUUGAUGCAAGAUGGAGGGCUCAAGAAACCAAAGGCUCGUCCUGAAGAUGUUGUUAACUUGGAUCUGAAGUCUACCCUCAGGGUUUUGUACAACCUGUUCACAAAAUACAAGAAUGUUGAGUGAUCCUGGAAGCUGCUGAGAUGUUAAUCCUCACGACCUUCUUAAGGAAAGAAAAAGAAAAGAAAAAAAAAAAGGGAAAAAUGAAACACCUUCUAUGUUCCCAUUGUGCCUUACACUAUAUUCCAUGCUGCAUGAUGGCAUUCCUUCUUCUGUUCACAUUAUCUCCAUGUACCUCUUUGCAUGACGUGCCCACUGAAAAUACUUUGUGUAUUUUAUGUUAGCUCCCUUUUGAAAUAUCAUUUUUACAUCUUUGCUCUGAGAUCCUGGUGGGUCUGUUUGCUAGGGUCAACAAGCUUUCUUGUUCUGUUGAUAAAGAAAUCUACUACUAGCUACUUUGAUAAACAGGAAAAACUUGAACCCUUCUUGAUGGGGCAAUGCCUUUAUAUACUUUCUUUUGUAAACUGCUUGGUUACCAUUGGUGGUGGAAGAUAUGCUAGGCUUGAGUGUUAGAAAUACAACAUUGCAUUGUAAUAUAUUUAGAAACUGCACAGUUUCCAUUAAAUAAAGUUUGUGUGUGUUACUGUAUUUGUUUCCAAGGACACCACCUGAAACUGUACAUAAGAACCCAUGAGGGCUUUUUCUACCUUUCAUGUUAACCUCAUACUACCCAGUAUUAUUUCCACCUGAUGUUUACACACAGACUAGAAAUGGAAUUAUUGCCCCAUCUGGUCAUAGCUGCUUUUCUCUCCCUCCUUUUGUGCUGAGGAGGGAGCUGUAGCACUUGAAAUGUGCAGUCUGGAUCAGCUCGGUCAGGAGCUGGUCAAGGAUGGAUGGGCUGGAUUUAUGCAUUCUUUUUAACCCUUCGUGGAAUGAACAGGGGGAAUCACAGUUUGAUUGCUUAGAGGUGCAAGGUUGACCUUUACUUUCAUGUGGAAAAGCUAACACACCUGCUCCUGCUCUCAUUGAAGUCAGUGGCAGUUACAGCACGACAGAGCCCAAAGUGUGUAAACAGAACUACAGUUUUUUGUCUUGAAAAUUAAAUGAAGCAAGGUCAUUUUUCAGUAAGAUUUUGCCUCUGUUUCCUGGGUUAUUCGGGACAAUGCCAUGUAAUGUACACCAGUAUCAAACACACUGGACUGCACCGAAUUUGGAACAGUUUAGAGGUGCAAGCCCAGGGCUGAAAAUAACAUAAGUUUCCUUUCAGUGAUGCUGUGAUGAGUUGACUUCAUCCCAUCAUUCCCAAUGAUACUUUGCUACUGCUGUGAACUCUGGACCCAGUGCUGUAAUUCUUAGGCAAAACUCCCAUUGAGGUCAGUGAGAGAAAAGACUCUACCCUUCGAAUGUAUCUACCUUGUCACAAGACACUGUUACAGCACUUGAUGGACUUCACCGGAUUGUGCAGACAUAUCUGUGUGUCUAAGGAUGCAAUAGGUGUAGUUAAAUGUACAAAGAAGGCAAGGCUAGGAUGUGGUUUGUGUGAGCAGGUUAUGGGCAGGGCUAUUGAAAGAAAUAGUAUUAUAAUGCUAAAGCAAGUUAUUUGUGGGCUCUGUAUUUUAUAGCAUUCCUUCCCUUAGAAUGUGGAGGAGAUUCAAAACCACUAUCUUAUUGCUUUCUGUUUAUCACAUUAGUCACAUUUUAUGGGCUGCCAGGUUUUAUGUAAAGCAUUUAACAGAGCAGCCUAUCAAGGAAGACAGUGUUACUGCGUUAUCUGGGCCAAGUUCAGUCUUGUUGUAAGCAGAGGUCCAUCUCUCAUUGACUACAAAUGAAAUGCAUCUGCUUACACCAGGACUGAAUUUACCCUUCAGCAUUAAGGACCAGGAGGAAACGCAUGUCCCCUUACUGUGCUAUGUGAACUGUGGUGUAAUUGUACAGAAGAGUCUUCUCUUCAUUAACAUUUUUGUCUCAGCUUGACACUUUAACAGUGACUUGCAAAAGGAGAAAACACUUAUUUUUUGUUUCUUUAUGAGGUAUAAAAGUGGCCUAAGGGGGCUAGUGUCCAAAAAAAAAAUUAAAAAAAAAAGCGGGAGGAGGUUUCUACUUGUUUCCAUUUGAAACUCAGCUCGCAUCUACUGUGGGAGAUGCUAUGGUGACUGAAGAACUAGUGAGUUAGAUUGUAAGAGCUAGAUUCACAAAGGAAUUUAGGUGCGUAACUGGGCACCUAAGUCCAAAAUGUAGAUCCUCAACUCCCCUGUUCAGCUGCUGCCUAGUCCUCUAGGUCCCUAAACUCCUGCUUAAACUCAAAUAUUGGAUAUGAAGUGGAAGAGCUUCAACAGGAGAGAGUGAGAGCCCCACCCCAGAAAAUUCCAUAACCCAGCAAUUAGGGCUAGUUGGGAGACCUGAGUUCGAGUCCCCACUCCAAGUCAGGUGAUUUGAACUGAAGUUGGUUUUUUACAUCUCAUGUGAGUGCUCUAACCACUGGACUAUUAGAUAGUCCUUAUAUGAGUACUCCUGUGAGCAGGGGACUGCAGAUUUGGGACCUUUAGUUUAUAUGCAUGGGCAAAUUGCCAACAGGAUGCUUUUAACUUAAGAAGGGCUUCCCCAAAAGCAAACAGUUUUAAAACACAAUCAUCUUGAUAUAGCUCCCCACCAACUAAUAUUGUUUAUUUCAUUCUUAGUCUAUCACAUACCUAAUAUGUGGGUUGUAAUUAGGGUGAUCAGAUGUCCCGAUUUUAUAGGGAAAGUCCGGAUAUUUGGGGCUUUUUCUUAUAUAGGCUCCUAUUACCCCCCACCCUCUGUCCUGAUUUUUCACACUUGCUAUCUGGUCACUCUAGUUCUAAUGGGCUAAUAUGUUUUGGGUUUAAAGCUUAAAAAUAUAGGUGUCCCCCCAUCAGUGCUAAAGAACAGGAUGGCUAAUAUUUUGUUCGUAUUACUGGAAAUUUUGAAUUCUGCCUCUUAGUGUAGAGUUAGUUGGGUAGAAAAGGCCAGGGAAUUCUGAGGCUUGUUGCAUAGUUCUUGACCACUGCAUGCCCAACAUUCAAGCUUCCACAUUUAUAUAUGGUUAAUGAGAUUGGCUGCCUAUACAGCCUAUGUAAUGUGCCUUGUAGAUUCACCAUCAGAACUGUGGAUUCCGUUCCAGCCAGUUGUCGUACAACUUGUUCUAUGGCUCAGGAGAGGCCUGAGCAAUGGUCAGCUAUGUCUUAAUGUUUCACAAGACUGCAAAGCAACAAAAAAGAAUUUACAGCAAUGUAAAAACUUAGAGCUUUCUUUUUUCGCCCUAAUAGAAACCUAAUGCUUUGUGUAUUAAUGUAUUUUAAGAAUCUUUUCUACUAUUUUUUAACAAUGUUCACUCUGGAUUUCUGUUCCUAAAAAAAACCCCAACCCACACAAAAAACCAACCUUGCAGAUGAGAUACUGCACUUGUCAUACCGUGGACAAGUCUGGCUUUGUGAGAGUGUAACAGUAGUGUACUGUAAGCAAAUUACAAUGCAAUCCUAUGUUUUCUAAAAUCACAGCAGGAGUGUUGUGGAACUUAAUGCAUGGUUUGUGACAACUGUAUUUAUUCUAAUAAACAAAUAAUGAUUA